AUGCCCGAUGGUCAGAGGAUUGUUGUCCCCACUAAUGGCCUAGGCCAAGGAGUGGAUGCUGUGGCACAAUUUCUUGGAACCUUGGCUCGAAAUUGGAAAUUAUUUCCUAUUGAUGUAGACAAUUGGAAGAAAAUUCCAGAGUCAACAAAAAAUCGUGCUUGGGAAUUUGUAAAGCGAAAAUUUGAUCUGCCGGAUAAUUCAAAAGCAUGGGCCUUAAAAAAUAUAAAUAUUAAAUGGAAGAUGACAUUGAGGAAGACUUAUUAUAAGCCUAAUGUUCCAGCAAUUGAGCAACUUGAUUGUCCUACUCCACAGAUUCAUAAAGAUCAAUGGGUUAAUUUGUUAUGUAUUUGGGAAUCUGAUAAUUUUAAGAAAUCUAGUGAAGUGAACAAAGAUAACCGAUCUAAGAAGGUCAUCAACCAUUGUGUAGGAACAAAAAGUUAUGCAAGGAUUCGCAAAGAGGCAGAGGAUACUGGUGAGACAUUCUUUAAGAAAACACAUACUCGUAAAGAUGGUACACCCGUUGAUGAUGCAUCAAAAGAGAUUAUGGAUAAAAUUGAUGAGCUUUUAUCUCAACAAACGAAUGAGAACUCAGAAAGGACCACUGCUGCCCAGGAUGACAUGUUUGCCAAAGCCUUGGGUAAGUCAGAGAGGCGUGCCUUAUGGGCUUAG